AUGAAGAAGGCUGAGCCGUACCAGGAGACCUCGUCGAGACGCUUGAACUCGGAUGGCGGUGGCAACGAUGGUCAUGUCAAGGGCCACGAGGAACGUGCCGAGGACCACAGCAACAACAAUGAAGCCAAGAGCAAUACCACCGGGAUAUUCGUUCUGCUCGUUGUUGUCUUCUUUCAGGGCUUCGCUGUUGUCUUUGUUGGCGGCUUCGACCUUCUCACUUGA